GUGAGGCAAGUGCUGUUGCUACAGUUCAGUGUCUAUGUGAAUACUGUGAGUAUGAGGACACCAGACUCCUAGGCGGCUAUUGGAGUUCUUCUGCAGUAAUGUCUAUAGAGUGCAUCCCCACAUCUAAUGGAUCUUUCACCGCUGGUACACCUCACGAAAAACACAGGGAGCGUCUAUUCUCAUCCCCAGAUGAAGACAGCAGCCUGUAUUUUACAUACAGUGGAGACCAAAAUGUACUGGAGGUCAGAGACCUGCACUUUGAGGUGGACACUGCAGCUCAGAUCCCAUGGUACGAGAAGCUGGCGGAGUUUAAGAUGCCAUGGGAGCUCAAGGAGGGUAAACAGAUGGCCAUCCAGAACCUCAACCUUAAAGUGAGGAGUGGCCAGAUGUUGGCCAUCAUUGGAAGCUCAGGCUGCGGGAAGACUUCACUGCUGGACAUUAUCACCUGCCGGGACGAGGGCGGGACGGUGAAGUCGGGGGAGAUCCUGGUGAAUGAGCGGCCUUGCACCCCUCAGCUGGUGAAGAAGAGCAUUGCGCACGUGCGGCAGGACGACCGGCUGCUGCCCCACCUCACCGUCCGCGAGACCCUGGCCUUCGUGGCCAAGCUGCGGCUCCCAGCACACUUCUCCCAGAGACAGCGAGACCACAGGGUGGAUGACGUGAUUGCGGAGUUACGACUGCGGCAGUGUGCCCACACACGAGUGGGGAACGAGUACGUGCGGGGAGUGUCCGGGGGAGAGAGGCGGCGGGUCAGUAUCGGCGUGCAGCUGCUCUGGAACCCAGGAAUACUGAUUCUGGAUGAGCCUACCUCUGGCCUAGACAGUUUCACUGCCCACAACCUGGUGAUGACACUUUCGCGGUUGGCCAGGGGCAACCGAUUGGUGCUACUGUCUGUUCACCAGCCACGGUCUGACAUCUUCCAGCUCUUUGACCUGGUGGUGCUGCUGUCUUCGGGCUCGACAGUGUACUGCGGAGCAGCACAAGACAUGGUGCAGUACUUCACCGCACUGGGGUACCCCUGUCCCCGAUACUGCAACCCCUCUGACUUCUACGUGGACCUGAUCAGUAUAGACCGCCGCAGUGUGGAACAGGAGUCGGAGUGUCGCGACAGAGCCAGCAUGCUGGCUACCCUGUUCUGGGAGAAGGUGAAGGGAACUGACGACUUCAUCUGGAAACCAGCAGAGGCCAGCCAAGCCGAGGACGGCCCUAGCUCUCCCUCACAGUCCCAUGAGGAGGUCAUCACCGUGUCCAAGCAGAAAGACAAGUUGCCAGGAGGCCUGCAGCAGUUCUCCAUCCUGUUGAGACGCCAGGUGUCCAAUGAUUUCCGGGACUUGGCCACACUGCUGAUCCAUGGCCUGGAAGCUCUGCUGAUGUCCCUGCUGAUAGGGUUCCUGUACUUCGGGGCUGGAACGUCCCGGCUGUCCGUCCAGGACACAGUGUCUCUUCUCUACAUGAUUGGAGCGCUCACCCCCUUUGCUGUGGUGCUGGAUGUCAUUGCCAAGUGUCAUUCAGAAAGAGCAAUGAUUUUCCAUGAACUGGAAGAUGGAAUGUACUCGGUCACUGCAUAUUUCUUUGCAAAGGUAAUAGGGGAGCUGCCUGAGCACUGUGCCUUCACUGUGGUGUACGCCGUGCCUAUCUACUGGCUAGCUGGCCUGAACCCCCAGCCAGGGCCCUUCCUGAUGAACUUCAUGCUGGUGUGGCUGGUGGUGUACUGCAGCCGGGCCAUGGCCCUGUGGGUGGCCGCACUCCUACCUACUCUUCAGACCUCCUCCUUCAUGGGCAAUGCCUUCUUCACUGUCUUCUACCUCACCGGUGGAUUUGUCAUCAGCCUGGAGAACAUGUGGGCAGUGGCAUCCUGGUUCUCCUACAUCUCCUUCAUGCGUUGGGGUUUCGAGGGGAUGCUACAGGUCCAGUUCACUGGGCAGCAGUAUCAAGUGGCCAUAGGAAACUUCUCUCUCAACAUUGACGGGCUUGAAGUGGUGAAAGCCAUGAGCAUGAGCUCGAACCCGCUGUACUCCUGCUACCUUGUCCUCCUUGCUAUCUGCGUGGCCUUCAUGGUUUUCUACUACCUGUCAUUGAGGUUCAUCAAGCAGAAGUCAAGCCAGGACUGGUGAAAUCGAGCCCUGUGUGCUACAAACGUCUCCGCUGUCAAGGCUCAUCUGUUGUUCUAGUGUCGAGUUCCCGAUGAUGUACUACAGCUGCCCGCCACUGGAUGGCAGCAGAGUACUAAGUUUGGCCUCAGAACGCUUUCUAUUUUGAUAGAUCGUGUCGAGCAUAUUGAUACGUUAGACUUUAAUCUUCAGUUUGUCUUUACAGUGCUAUUUUUUCACGCGCAAGAGUGCAUUACGAAUAGUGCGUUUAUUCAAUCGGAAGACCGCUAUAUCACCCUGAAAGAGAAUAGCCUCUUGUGACAUGUAAAUUCAUUAAAAAAAAAAGUUGUGCACUAUUGCAAAUGAUUAGUAAACACCGUCAUUAAAACAGGUAAUGUUCGACGGAUGAUGUGAACACCUAAAAAAGUAUUUUGUGUUUCCUGUUUCUCAUGUUUUUCUAUAUAAACUGUUAAGCUUUUAGAACUGUUAAAUUAACUUUUUAAACACAUUACUAAGCCCGAGUAUAAAAAGAAUAUCUUCCAGCAUUAUAUACUGUUUAAGAGUUGUGAAUUAUGGGAACACACAUAUCCGUUGCACAACACUGGAGAGUAGAAGCAUCAAAACGAUUUAUAAUCCUGCUUUACGUACUGUAUGUGUGGUCAUAGUUGGAAGAUGCUGUCGGAAAUGGACAGCCAUAAUUAAGAUGAAUAUUCCCAUGAUAUAAAAUUAUUAAUACAUGAGAUAAAUACAUGCCGAGGAUGUUACUGAUUGUGAUGCUAAAAAAACUGCACAAGAAUUUCAUGUUGAUUGUAUUACUUGCCAGUUGCAGAAAGGAAUUCACCACUCCCUGUUAAGCAUUGGCAGGAGAAAAAAACAACUGACUGUCUCUAUUGCCUGUUUCCAAGUGCUGGGUGGCAAUGGAACAGACCCCUGGAGAGGCCAGUGGGUUUUCUCUCCCCUCUCCAGUCUCUGAAGCCUGGAGACUGUUAAUCAUCAGAGUCCCAGAGCUCCUGCGCCGUGUUCACCGGGACACGAAUGAACGGCGCACGCGUGGCACAGUGUUUUGGCAGUCGAUACUGCCGUCUCCCUGCAAUGUGUGAGUUUCCUCAGGGUGUGCCUCCUAGAUGCUUACAGGUGAAGUGGUACCUCUAAAUCACAGAUGGGCAGUCCCGGUCCUGGAGCGCCAGUGUGCUUACAGAUUCCCAUUCCAACGCGGCUCUUUAUUCGCCAAACCAGCUGGUUACUGGCUCCGCUGGACCAACCGAACGGGUUCUCCCAGAGCCCUUGGAUACCUGACACACUGACCCUCCAGGUCCCCCCCUGCUCCACACCAUGCAAAGUGCACAUGGCCUGCAGUGUCCAUCCUGAUUAGCACAUCAUUCCAUCUAACUCCCUCUGCUUCCAGGGUAGGCAGCAAAUAAGUGUUUUUUUGGUAACGGAUGAAAGAACAGGGUCUUUGAGUUUUUCUUCCAGCUGCCUCGCUGUGACAGGGAGAUAAACCAAACUUUAGGAGGGGUUUUUCAUAAAAGCGUCACGCGACCACCUGAAAGUGACAGAGAUCCCUUUUUUACCAAGUGAUACACAACAGUUGUGGCUUUAACUUCCGUUCUAGACUUCUUAUUAAAAUAACGGCAGACCGAAAAACACUGGGACAGUUUCAGGACAGCCUCAUUUGUGUCUCGGCUGAGAAAAGUCAAGCAAGCCCUGAGCUACACAGACGCAUCUCUUUCAGGGAUCUAAGUCUCACAUAGCCUAGCAGAGAAAAAUCACAAUUGCUGUAUGAGUGACUAAGGUGAGUCAAGUUAAUGGCAAAUAAAAACCCCAUUUACAACA